UAUUGGUAACUGUCGACGAGCUUAGAAUAGUUGUGCACCAUGAUUGAAUCCAUAUUCUCCGGUCUAACUACAAUAGAUCCUCCAGAAACUUUUGCCUUAAUGAAGGCUUUUGCUGAUGAUCAGCAUCCGGAGAAACUCUUUUUAGCAAUUGGUGCUUACCGAGAUGAUAGUGGAAAGCCUUGGGUUCUGCCAGUUGUUCGAAAAACUGAAAUUCAAGUUGCUGGGGACACUGCACUUGAUCACGAGUAUCUGCCGCUUUUUGGUUACCCUCAUUUUACGACUGCAGUAAUGGAACUAGCGCUGGGUAAAAGUUCAAAAGCCAUUCAGCAAAAUCGCGCUGUCAGUGUGCAAACCAUAUCCUGCACAGGAUCUUUACGAUUGGUUGCAGAUUUGCUGCAUCAAAAAAUGAAACGAAACAUAGUUUACUUCUCGAAUCCCACAUGGCACUACCACGCAUCGAUUUUUAGAGCCGCUGGCUUCACCUCAAUUCAUGAUUACCGCUACUGGGAUCCAGAAAAUCGCUGCUUGGAUAUAAGUGGCAUGCUCGCUGACUUGGAGCAGGCACCGGCUUCUUCAAUAAUCGUUUUGCAUGCCUGCGGGCACAAUCCAUCGGGUAUGGAUCCCACCAAGGAACAAUGGAUGCAGAUAGCCGAUCUCAUGGAGGAGAAGAAUCUUGUGCCACUCUUUGACUUUGCUUAUCAUGGGUUUGUUAGCGGUGAUCCUGAUCUAGAUGCGUGGGCUGUGAGAUAUUUUGUGGACAAAGGCUUCGAGCUCUUCGUAUGUCAAUCCUUUUCUAAGAACUUUGGCUUGUAUGGCGAACGUGUUGGUAAUCUGAUAAUAGUGCAACAAAGCUCUACGACUAGCGAUGCGCUCUUAUCUCAAUUAACUCCGCUGAUUGUUACCAAGCACUUGACACCAGGUGCAUACGGGCCAAGAAUUGUAGCCAAAAUACUGAACACACCGACCUUCCGUGAGGAGUGGAUGGAAAACUUGACAACUAUGGCUACUCGCAUUCGCAAGAUGCGUCAAUUACUGCAUGAUAAGCUUGUUACAUUGGGAACACCUGGAAAUUGGGAUCAUAUUGUUCAACAGGUGGGCAUGUUCUCUUAUACAGGUCUCACAAAAAAUCAAGUUAGUAUACUUGUCCAAAAAUAUCAUGUUUAUAUGCCAAAAUCUGGACGAAUGAAUAUGUGCGGACUUACCUUAGCUAAUAUUGAUUAUGUUGCGCAGGCUAUAAACGGAGCAGUUAUAGCCGAUGUUGCUUAACCUGUUCUCGAAAUGAUUUGAUACUAAGAUUCAAAUUCAGGCAACGAGUAUUGUAAUGUUUAAUUAUUAUUGGUAAUAAACGGCUGACAAUAUUCGCAUUAACAUUA